AUGGGGAACGAUAUUAACCAAUUUCAAGGAAUCAAAAUUACAAGAGGUCGUCCCCAGGUGUCUCACCUUUUCUUUGCUAAUGAUGCCCUUUUAUUUUUUAAAGCUACAGAGGAAAGUUGUAGACAGGUAAACAAUAUCAUUGGUAGGUUUUGUGCAAUUUCGGGUCAAGAUCUAAACCUUCAGAAAUCCCACUUCAAAGUUAGCCCCAACACUCCUCUUGAGAUGAGACAAAGGUUUAAACAUAUUUUACAAAUGGAAUUAGUCUCGGCUUUAUCGACCCAUUUGGGAGUACCAAUUGAUCUGACAGGGCCAAAGCAUUCAAAUUUUCAGUUCAUUGUGGAUAAGAUUGCUAUAAAGAUUAACUCAUGGAGCUAUAUUCCACUCGCUCAAUCUCAGAAGAUCAUUCUUAUAAAUUCAGUCCUCAUUGCUAUGGCCUCUCAUGUUCUCUCUUGUAUGGAGGUACCUGCAUUGAUUGUUUCUAAGAUUGAUGCUAUGGUAGCCAAGUUCUUUUGGGCUAAUAAAGGGAACAAAGGAAUGCAUUGGGUUAACAAAGGCACGAUCUAUCUUCCUAAAGGUUUGGGAGGAUUGGGUAUAAGGGGAAUGGGUUCCUUGAAGAAGGCUCUUUUAAUGAAACAAGCUUCACGUUUGUUCAACAAUCCACAACAUGCUGGCGGGAAUUUGUGGACUUGGAAGGUUAUCCAUUUUAUCUUACGAUCAGGUUUAGGUUGGGAUCAUGCUAAGAUUAAAGAUAGUUUUGAAUUUGAAGACUCUCGUCGAAUUGUUGCAAUGGAACUUCCACUAUCAACUGAAGAUGAUUUUAUUUACUGGAGAUAUCAUAAGUCUGGUAAGUUUACUGUUAAAUCUGCCUAUGCAAUGCUGAUUUCAGAGGAUUUGACUUUGAGCUACAAUACACCCCCGUCUGAUUUCUAUAAGAAUCUUUGGUCCCUUAAGAUUCCUCCAAAAUGGAAACUUUUCAUAUGGAAACUUCUCCACAAUGGAAUUGCGACAAAGGUUAGGCUUCAUUUAAGGGGUAUCCAGAUGGAGGUUGUCUGUGAUUUCUGUGCGAAUGGAGAAGAAGAUAUUCAACACAUUUUUCGAUUUGAAACAAUCGUGCAACAAGUUUGGAGGGAUGAAUUGCUUGCAAUCCAUUCAGAAAUCAAUGAAACCACUUCCUUUAAGUCAAGUGAAAAAUAA